AUAUCUAUAUUUCAAUUAAGUUUUACAAAUCUCUAAAAACAUUUGUAACUCGUAUCAUUUGCUUCCCCGUCAACUCUCUCUCUCUCUCUCUCUCUCUCCUAUCUCACCUCUCUCUUUCUUUCUCCAACAACUACUGAAUGCAUGUCUAGAGUAUACACGCUUUUCCCCCCUCUUGUUCGCCACUUCUAUUUACUCUUUUCCACCAGCAGCUUCACUGUAUCCACAACGUGGCGAACCAAUCGUUGUCUUUUUUUAUUGCUUAUUAUAGUCGCACAUAGAACCGAACCAAUCGUUGUUUAAUCAAAGUGACCAGGCGUAAAACCCCCUGAAAUGUGUACCCAUGUUCUUGGUGCUACUAGGAUUCAACAGUUUAUUAAUGCCUGCUUCCCUCGCUUUAUAAAGCACCAAUGUUCUGAAUAUUUGGAUGGUAAAACUGUAAUUGUUACUGGAGCAAAUACAGGACUUGGAAAACAGACAGCUUUAGAGUGUGCAAAAAGGAAUGCCAGGGUGAUUAUGGCUUGCAGAAAUCUAGAAAAGGCUGAAGCAGCUGCAAAAGUAAUACGUGAUGCUACAAAAGAUUCUGGUAAAAAUGAGGUCGUCGUACGUGAAUUAGAUCUGUCUUCAUUCAAGUCUGUCCGUAAAUUUUGUGCAAGAAUAAACGAGGAGGAACCACAUUUAAAUAUUCUAGUCAAUAAUGCUGGAGUUUAUCGCUGUCCUUCAUUAUAUACAGAAGAUGAAGUUGAAACACACUUUCAAGUAAACCACUUGGGACAUUUUCUAUUAACAACAUUGCUUCUGGAUUUGCUAAAAAAGUCUGCUCCAUCAAGGAUUGUAGUACUGUCCAGUUUCAUGUACAAAGAUGCUCGGAUAGACUUUGAAGAUAUUAACUGGAAGGUCAAUUAUAAUGGCACUGAAGCUUACAAAUCUAGCAAACUGGCAAAUGUCUGGUUUUGCCGUGAAUUAUCCAAGAGAUUAGAAGGCAGUGGGGUUAAUGUUUAUUGUGUUAAUCCAGGAAUUGUUCUUACAGACAUCAUGCGACACACAGUGCCACAAUUUUUUAGAUAUUUUGAUUGCAUUUCCAGAUUAUUUUUUAAAACUCCUGCACAAGGAGCACAGACAACUUUAUAUUGUAUUCUGUUUGAAAAAUUACAAAAUGAAUCCGGAUACUAUUAUUCAAAUUGCAGCCAAGAGGACCUUAAUAGCAAUGGAUUAAAUGAGGAUGGAGCCAAAAGACUAUGGGAAGUUAGUGAAAAAGCUGUUGAAAGCGAAUAAAACAGUGAAAUUCUGAAACACUGUGUGGAGUAAAUAUAAGCUCCUAUUGAGCCAAGUCAACAACUUGGCUUCAUUUCCUAAAUAUAUUACCACAAUCCACUACGAUAUAUGUAUGUAUAUAUGUAUAUCUUUUAUUGUUUGUUUAAUGAAUUUCAGUUAUUGGACUGGUUUAGGGGGCUUAGCUGAACAAAUCAAUCACGUUACUUUUUUUUUAGAUUGGUUCUUAUUCUAUUAAUCUCUUUUAUAUACACAAAUGCUUUUAUGCACCAUGAGUUCAUACAAAAACUCAUCUCCAGGUAAAUAACAGUAUUUUGUGUUCUAACACAACAUCCAAGUCAAGUUGGAGAUUAUAUAUAUAUAUGUGUGUGUGUGUGUAUAGUCACUAUGAGGAUAUUUAGAUCUGUUAUAGGGAUAUUUUUAUGCAAGAUACACUGGUUCAAUGUAUUGUAUUUUGAAGAGUUAUUUCUUCAAUGAAUAUAUUACAUAAAAUAUCAUUAAAUAUCAAAUAUUAAGUUUGAGAAUGGAGAUGUCCAAUGGAUACAAAUUAAUUUUUUAAUUAAUUAACAUCUUUACCGACAAGAGUUUCAUUUUGCAUCCAAUUUAAACUACAAAACAUAUAUAAAUAUAUAAUCCUGCAUUUCAAAGUACCUUGGGUGUAAAAUCAUCAGGACAGGAAAAAGGACAAUACAAAGAUUACAUUAUGAUCUGCUGGAAUAUUCCAAUAUACUAAGAGUAUAUUCUUGUAUUUAUAUCAUUGAAAGACAAGAAUUGUCUGCUAUGGCUGCUGGAACUUUCAGAUCACUUGAUUUCACUCUGCUGUGAGCUCAUCAGUGACAGAGAACAAGUAGCAACAUAACAGUUGAAUCUCCUGACAAUGUCUAUUCAAGCACUGGUGUUGCAAAUAGCCAGUGAGUUUAUUAAAAAUAACUGAGACAGAAGCAGUAUUAAUAACAAUAGGCAGCCUUUAUCUCCAACUUAAUAUGAAUGUUGUGUUAGAACACAAAAUACUGCAUUAUUUACCUUGAGAGGAGGACUUCUCAUAUGAACUCAUGGUGCAUAAAAGCUCUUGUGCAUAUAAAAGAGAUUGCUAGAAUAAGUAUCAGUCUUAAAAAAUGAGAUUGAUUUGUUCAACUAAGCCCUUUAAAGCAGUGCCCCAGCAUGGCCGUAGUCUAAUAACUGAAACAACACACACACACGCACACGCACACACGCAUGCAUGCAUUGGGCUUCUAUAAGUUUUUGCUUACCAAAUCCACUCAGAAGACUGGUUAGCUUGAGGCUAUAGUAGAAGAUGCUUGCACAAGGUGCUUCCCAGUGGUACUGAAUCCAUAUAUAUAUGUGCAAGUAUGGCUGUGUAGCUGAGAAGUUCAUUCCUGAACAACAUGUUUAAGGGCUUGUUCCCAGAGUGUGGACACCGUCAACUGGUGUUUUCCACUGUAACCAUAGGUUGACCAAUGGCUUCUGAGAAAAAUUUAGUUGAAGGAAACUAGAAGAAACCUGUGUAUGUGUCUGCAUGUAUUCACCCUUGUCUUGAGAUGUGUGUACUGAGUGUAAACAAAAAAUUACUAUCAAUAUCAUUUUUUUUACAAUCUUCUACAAAGCAUGAAUAAGUGGUCAUUGUUUGACAGAAUAGUGAAAAUGCUAUAUGUGUUGGUGAGUCAUAGAAAAUUCUCUUUUGAUGAAAUUAUUAUUUGACCAAUGGAAACAUGGAAAAGAGUAUGUUAAAGCGAUGUUAAGGAGGAUAUGUGUGUGUAUGUGUACAUACAUAUGUGUGUGUGUGUAUAUAUAAAUAUAUAUAUAUGUAUAUAUAUAUAUAUAUAUAUAUAUAUAUAAAGCAAACACUUUUUUUCCUUUGUAUAUUGACUGCUGAAAACACUAAAUAAACAUCACUCGUUUUCGAUUCACUAAA